UUUUGAUUUCACAGCCUGUUUAAAACUAAAAACGGACAGCUGUAGUGUGCAACGCCGCAUAGCUGCUGCAUUUCAUCCACAUCGCUGUCAUCCAAGAAACGCCUGGCUUUUGACGCCGCAAAGUGCGUUUUAGCACACCAUUUCAAAAGCGCUCCUGCAAAACCGCAGCGCCGCUCGUGCACAUCACCACAGCUCGCUACAGCUCACGUAUCACCAUGAGCAAAGCCCCCGACAACGCUCGCACGGACUUAGCCGUGCUCUACGGCGGCCGCUGGCGCCUGCCCAGUGCAAAGCGCGGCGUGCGGCCGCUCUGGGUUUUGAGAGUUUUCGAGACGCGCGACACGGAGUGCUACGAAGUCUACUGGUCCGACAAGACGUCGAUGUUGGUGGACGCCCACGAGGUCUGUCCAAUGGAAGACGUCGAGCGCGCCUCGAAGCGGCCGCGCGCCGUGUCGCCGGGCCCGCUCGAGGCCAUGGCGCAGGCGGCGCGGAGCGAGGGCCAGCCCCUGCAGCGCCGCGAUAGUGUAGAUUUUGCGGACUUCAACGCGUUAGUCGACGCGAACGUCGGCGAGAGUGAUGGUUUGCCGCCGCUGGUCCACGAGCGCGCGGCGGCGGAGCCUAGAAGAAGGCGCAAGGGCCCCGGCCGGCCGCCGGCCCUCUCGCCGGCGCCGGCGCCCGACGUUUUGAGUACGGCGCCGACGACGCCGCGGAACGCGCCGCCGCUCCCGCUGCUCACGCCGUUCUCGCCCGUCGACGUCGCGCGCGUGUCCGAGCAGAUCUCGGCGCUCUCGCCGGGCGACGACGACCACUACGUCUCCGUGCAGCGGCUGCGCGAGCAGCUCCUCCAGACGCCCGUGCCGAACCUGCCCGCGGUCCUCGACCACCUCGAGGCGGAGAACGCGAUCAUGGUCGACGGCGACGCGAUCUACCCCAUCUAG